GCGCGCCGCUUGCCUCGCCUGGUCCCGGCGCCGCCUUCCGGAGCGUAGUGGCCUCUCGCCUUAGCCGCAGGAGCCGCGGGUGCGGGAGUGCUUGCGAGCCAUGGGGCUGGCGGAUGCGUCGGGACCGAGGGACACGCAGGCACUGCUGCCUGCAACACAAGCAAUGGAGCUGCGGAAGCGAGACUACCACAUGGAACGGCCGCUGCUGAACCAGGAGCAUCUGGAGGAACUGGGGCACCGGGGCUCAGCACCUAGGGCCCGCCCGUGGCAGACCUGGUUGCGGUGCUCCCGUGCUCGGGCCCAUGCCCUUCUGCUCCAACACCUCCCGAUUUUGGUCUGGUUACCCCGGUAUCCUGUGCGUGACUGGCUCCUGGGUGACCUGUUGUCCGGCCUGAGUGUGGCUAUCAUGCAGCUUCCACAGGGCUUGGCCUACGCCCUCCUGGCUGGAUUGCCCCCCGUGUUCGGUCUCUAUAGCUCCUUCUACCCUGUCUUCAUCUACUUCCUGUUUGGCACUUCCCGGCACAUCUCUGUGGGGACCUUUGCUGUUAUGUCUGUGAUGGUGGGCAGUGUGACAGAAUCCCUGGCCCCACAGGCCUUGAAUGACUCCACGAUCAAUGCUGCCCGGGUGCAGGUGGCCUCCACACUCAGUGUCCUGGUCGGCCUCUUCCAGGUCGGGCUAGGCCUGGUCCACUUCGGCUUCGUGGUCACCUACCUGUCAGAGCCUCUCGUCCGAGGCUAUACCACAGCUGCGGCUGUGCAGGUCUUCGUUUCCCAGCUCAAGUAUGUGUUUGGGCUUCAUCUGAGCAGCCACUCUGGGCCACUGUCCCUCAUCUAUACAGUGCUGGAGGUCUGCUGGAAGCUGCCCCAGAGCAAGGUCGGCACCAUGGUCACCGCUGCUGUGGCGGGGGUGGUGCUUGUGCUGGUGAAGCUGUUGAAUGACAAGCUGCAGCAGCAGCUGCCCAUGCCGGUACCCGGGGAGCUGCUCACGCUCAUUGGGGCCACAAGUAUCUCCUAUGGCAUGGAUCUGAAGCAAAAAUUUGAUGUAGACGUCGUGGGCAACAUCCCUACAGGGCUGGUCCCCCCAGUGGCCCCCAACUCCCAGUUGUUCUCAAAGCUCAUGGGCAGCGCCUUCGCCAUCGCCCUGGUUGGGUUCGCCAUUGCCAUCUCGCUGGGAAAGAUCUUCGCCCUGAGGCACGGCUACCGGGUGGACAGCAACCAGGAGCUGGUGGCCCUGGGCCUCAGUAACCUCAUUGGAGGCAUCUUCCAGUGCUUCCCCGUGAGUUGCUCUAUGUCUCGGAGCCUGGUACAGGAGAGCACCGGUGGCAACUCGCAGGUUGCUGGAGCCAUCUCUUCCCUUUUCAUCCUCCUCAUCAUUGUCAAACUUGGGGAACUAUUCCAUUGCCUGCCCAAGGCAGUCCUGGCGGCCAUCGUCAUUGUGAACCUGAAGGGCAUGCUGCGGCAGCUCAGUGACGUGUGCUCCCUCUGGAAGGCCAAUCGGGCGGAUCUGCUCAUCUGGCUGGUGACCUUCAUGGCCACCAUCCUGCUGAACCUGGACCUUGGCCUGGUGGCUGCAGUCAUCUUCUCCCUGCUGCUCGUGGUGGUCCGGACGCAGAGGCCCCACUACUCCAUCCUGGGGCAGGUGCCAGACACAGAUAUUUACAGAGAUGUGGCAGAGUACUCAGAGGCCAAGGAAGUUCCAGGGGUGAAGGUCUUCCGCUCCUCAGCCACCAUGUACUUUGCCAACGCUGAGUUCUACAGUGAUGCACUGAAGCAGAGGUGCGGUGUGGAUGUCGACCUCCUCAUCUCCCAGAAGAAGAAGUUGCUCAAGAAGCAGGAGCAACUGAAGCUGAAGCAACUGCAGAAGGAGAAGAAGCUUCAGAAACAGGCUGCCUCCUCCAAGGACACCUCAGUUUCCAUUAAUGUCAACACCAGCCUGGAAGACAUGAGGAGUAAUGACGCUGAGGACUGCAAGGCGAUGGUGAGCCCAGGGGAUAAGAUGGAAGAUGCAACAGCCAGUGGUCAAGAAGACUCUAAGGCCGCAGAUGUGGCCACACUGAAGGCCCUGGGCCUGCCUCAGCCAGACUUCCACAGCCUCAUCCUGGACCUGAGCGCUCUCUCCUUCGUGGACACUGUGUGCCUCAAGAGCCUGAAGAAUAUUUUCCGUGACUUCCGGGAGAUCGAGGUGGAGGUGUACAUGGCGGCCUGCCACAGCCCUGUGGUCAGCCAGCUUGAGGCUGGGCACUUCUUCGAUGCAUCUAUCACCAAGAAGCAUCUCUUUGCCUCUGUCCACGAUGCCGUCACCUUUGCCCUCCAACACCCGAGGCCUGUCCCCAACAGCCGUGUUUCAGUCACCAGACUCUGACCAUGCUGCAACCUGCCUGAGACUGUGUACCUCUGAAGGUUGUGACAGGGCACCCUUGAGAAGCCCCUCACCCCUAGGCCACCUCCAGGUGCUACCUAGGAGUCCCCUCCAUAUAUAUACACACAACUCAGGGAUGGAGGUCCUGGGACUCCCAAGUUCAGUGCUUCAGGCCUGGGACAGGGGACUAUAGUCAGGCUGGCACUGGCUGGGUACAGGGAGGGAACUGGUACAUGUUUUAGCCUCAGGAAUAAAGGUUUGUCUGCUCAA